UGGCGAAAAGGCUGAUAAAAAGGGAACUCGUUAGACAGAACAGUUAUUUCUAGAGAUUAAGUCCUUACCUAGAAAACAGCCCGUCUGAAGUUUGAAUUUGGAAGCUGGUUGUAAGAAAACCAAGGUACUCAAGACAAAAAUCCAGAUUUCUCUUCUACUUGCUGAUGUAAUAGGUCAUCAAAUUCGCUCUGAUCAGGAUUCAGAAUCGGAGAGAUUUCACCUAGGAGUACAACUGUCAUUGUGAUAAAGUGACUUUCAAUCAGCUAUGCAGUGAAAAUCAUGGUUGGGCUGUCACGGUUAUAACCUUGUGACAAACACAAGAACGUUUUAGGUGCCAGAAGGUUAAAGUGUGAAGUAGCCUGAAUUCUUGUGAUUAUAACAUCAGACAGCUCUGGGGGCUGGGUUUUCUUUGUUUAUUUUCAAUUGGAAGGAUACCCUCCCCCCAACUGCCCCCUGACAGAAAAAAGGAAACUUGUUCUCACAACAAUCCGGUGCACUAUAUAUCUUUACCAUAAACUGCACCCAAUUAUUACUGUCACACAUGGUAGAUAGACACAAUCUUAUCACUCCGUGGGCAAAACAAAGAGCAAAGGUAGCUUCACUCUGGAAUGAAACCAUAGAUGAAACAGCAAGAGCUCUUCUAGUGGGGAAAAAGGAAGACUAGCUCUAAAAACCCUUUUGGAAGGCGGUCCUCUUCCCACCUCUCGUAAGGUGCUAUUUAAAAACAUGUCCGCCGUGUUGGAAAUUACGGGUUUUCUGCUGAGCUUGGGAGGAUGGCUAGUCCUGGGGUCCACUUUGCCCAAUGGUUACUGGAAAGUUUCCACCCUCCACGGCAGUGUGAUCACCACCUCCACCUUGUAUGAGAACUUGUGGAAAAGCUGUGCAGAAGACAGCAUAGGUAUCUCCAACUGCAAAAAAUUUGACUCCAUGCUAGCCCUUCCUGGUUACAUACAAGCCUGUCGGGCUCUGAUGAUCAUAUCCCUUGUUUUGGGGUUUCUGGCCACCUUGUUGUCCAUGUUUGGUUUGCAGUGCACUAACGUGGGCUCCACUGAUGAGAAAACCAAAGGAAAGAUUGCAGUGACUGGAGGAUCACUUUUUAUUUUAGCUGGGGUUUUGGCUCUGGUGACCCUGUCUUGGUACGCCUCCAGGAUCACUGCUCAGUUUUUUGACCCGCUGUAUGGUGGAACCAAAUAUGAACUAGGAAGUGCUUUGUACAUAGGCUGGUUUGGAUGUCUCCUCGCUAUCCUAGGAGGAGCCUUUUUGACUUGUUCAUGCAAGCAGAAUAAACAAGUCUCAUACAGUAACCGCAGAUACGACUAUUCAGCCGCUCCAACAACAGGACGCAUUUACAAAAACCCAGAAUCUCUUCCUUCCAAAGUCUACGUCUAAGGGCAGAGUUCUCUUUGUAAUAAGUUGGUUGUAAUGUUAUUAAUAUUUUUUCAAAAGAAACAAAACAUCCUUUUUAUAACUUUUUAUUCUAGUAUUUUGCUAAGACAUAAAAAAUCAAAUCCCUGCCAUGGGAAAGGUUUAAAUAUCGAAAUGCUAGUUUCUGGAAGAAGAAAGUCAUUUACGCACACACGCAUAUAAGAUUUCAUAUGUUAAGGCAAAUUCCAGUUCAACCAGUAUACGUGGAAAGGAGAACAAUGGAGAGCAUUAAGGGAAGGUUCCUGGUGAAAUCAAGAAGUGGAUAAGUGGGAUAUUUAGUGAUAUGGGAAAAGUUCCCACAAAGUUGGAUAGGAUGAAAAUUUAAUGAUAUGUUGCCUAUUGAGGCUAUUUGGGCAAUAAUGAAAAGAAGGCAUUUUCUGAUUACACUAAGCUACAUUCAUUGUUGCCCAUCAAAUUAAUACGUGAAUAGAUUGAGAAAGCAGUGGAAAUUUAAAGAUAUGCUGUAAGCUGAGUAAGUAGAGUGACAGUUGCUCAGAUAGCCAACUUUGAUAACCCCUAUCUCAUUGGCUUAGAGAAAACAAAUGACAGGUACUGUGGCUCAUCCCAUUAACAAUUUAUAAUUUUACUGAUUGAUUGGAUUUUAACUAUUUAAGACUUUCUGUUCAGGGUUUGGCAGUGAAGGAAGUUCAGCCGUUAAAUGAAAAAAGUGAAAACAGGAGGUGGAAUAAAGGGAAUGGACAGGUCAGCAAAAAUUUUCAAAUCUCUCCAAAUCGGUCUCUCGGAACAACCUUUUUACUAAAUAAAGAAGCAACCAUAUAUUCCAUAUUCUUCUCAGGAGAAGUGGCAAUUAGUGUGAUUAAGCUGCAAUGUUCCAAAUGGUUUUAUUCUUCACUGAUUAUGUGGCAAAAAUACUCAGUCAUCAGCAUUUUGCUCUCAAAUUAACCUCUGCCAAAAUGUUGUUUGGGACUGUAUUAGUAUUUUGAAGUGCUGCCAGAUUUUGCAUAUCCCAUUAUUUCUCUUGUCCCCUAGAAAGAUCUGGUACAAAGGCCCUGCUUACCCAAUUUUGCUAUUCCUCUUCUGCCUUUUAAAAAUGUCACAAACAGCUAUUAAAAGCAUAGUUUCAACAACAA